AUGGUGAUGUGCCGUCCUGGUGGUCCAGGAGGGCCGUCUGCUCCAUCCGGUCCGAUUUCACCAGGAUCACCUGGGAGACCAACUGGAAAGUUCUUAUCACAACUGAUGGACAUAGAUGCUUCUCAUCGAGCAGAUGAGCAGCAGCAGUCAGCCAGCUCCUACCAACUUGGAUUAAUGUCAAAAGCUGAACCAGACAAGUACUGCACACCACGCAAGUUGCAAAAUUUUCUGGGAGGGGACAUAUUCGAGCUCAAACACCUGUUGGCUCCCCUGAGUCGCGGUAUUAAUCCACUACGCCUCCAAAUGCUCCAACACUCUCGAAUAGAGUCAUACAACAACUCGGUAACACUUACUGUGUUGAAUGAGCUGCAUGACUCAUCCUACAACAACGGCUACAAUUCACAUGCUCACCUCAAAUGCGUGGUUGAUGAG